AUGUCGAACUUCAACACGUUUCGCGACACUAUGGCAAGGUUAAAUGAGCUCAAAGAAGUUCAGAACGAGCAAAUUAAAAAGCUUCCAUAUUUCUGGUAUUAUGUCGUUGUCAACAGCAGUUGGGCUGAAAGACUCCUUUCCAAUAACACGGACAGGGAGGUCCUACAGUACUUACGUGAUAUCACAAUCACUCAUGUGAAGUCAGAAAAGGUGAAACACACAAUACUCGAACAUGAAGACACAUUACUUGUCGGCUUUGUAGUGACGUUUCAGUUUAAUCCAAAUCCAUAUAUGAACAAAACUACUUUGACUAAGGAAGUUAAGUACAAUUUGAACCCAACGAAUAACCCCAUCACAUGUGUUGCCAAUUCUGGGAUUGAAAUGACAGACUUAUACUAUGAAAGACUCGGGAAGAACGACAGCUUUUUCGACUUCUUUGAUAUAUUUGAUGAUGAGGCAAUGGAAGAAAUUGAAAAAAUAGAUAUCGACAUCUGCAAAAAGAUCGCCAAAGAGUCGUUGCCAUUUGCUCUUGAGUAUUUCUUGGCUAUUGAAUCCUCACAAUACGAAAAAGAGGAAGAAGAACAAUAUGAUGACUAUGAGGAAUACUAUGAUUGA